GGUGGGGGGAAGCAAAGCAGCUCAGGUGGCUUUGCUGCCUCCUCCAUCACCAGACCAGAGCAGCUGGCUCUUCGCCUUGCAUUGGGAGUAGAAGCGUCCAGGUAAAAGGGGUGCAAGAAGGUUCUUGGUGCAAUGCCCCUGGCUCAUUGCAAGGCGCAGAUUGUACCAUCUACUCCGGCUCCCCUCCUCAUGCACUGCGGCGAAUGCUGUGCCUUUGCACAGCAAUAGCAGCUAGAUAAUAACAAUAUUAUUACAGCCUGGGAACCACUAUAUUAUUGACACAUCUUUUUUUUAAAAAAAAGACCAUCCCACCAUGUCGGUUGCCUUUGCUUCUGCUCGCCCAAGAGGCAAAGGGGAGGUCACCCAGCAAACUAUCCAGAAGAUGUUGGAUGAAAAUCAUCAUCUAAUACAGUGUAUUAUGGACUAUCAAAGCAAGGGCAAAACAGCAGAAUGUACUCAGUAUCAACAAAUAUUGCACAGAAAUCUGGUUUACUUGGCGACAAUAGCAGACUCGAACCAAAAUAUGCAGUCCCUGCUUCCUGCUCCACCGACGCAAAACAUGAACCUCGGUCCAGGAGGAAUGAAUCAGAGCGCAUCCAACCCGUCUCUUCAUUCACAGAGCAACCUCAGUGAUGCAAUAGGGACAGGCCUUCCCCCUCCCUCCCUCAUGCAGAGUCAGAUCAGCAAUGGUCCCAAUCAUGUGUCUAUGCAACAGUCAGGCCAAAACACCAUGCCCACGACUUCCCUGAGCAUGACGGUCAGUAGCCAUGGAACCGGAACCGGCUAUAGCCAUACAGUGCCUGCGUCUCAGAAUGUUCCAAUGCAAGGCCAGGGAUCAAUAGGCAACUAUGUCUCUCGAACAAAUAUCAACAUGCAGUCUAAUCCUGUGUCCAUGAUGCACCAGCAAGCAGCGACGUCACAUUACAACUCUGCACAAGCAGGGAGCCAACAUUACCAAGGGCAGUCUUCCAUUGCCAUGAUGAGUCAGAGUAACCAAGGCAACAGCAUGAUGGGCCAACGGCCAAUGGGCCCUUACCGGCCUUCACAGCAAGGCUCCUCUCAACAGUACAUGGGCCAGGAGGAAUACUACAGUGAACAGUACAGUCAUGGACAAGGUUCAUCAGAGCCCAUGAACCAGCAAUAUUAUCCUGAUGGUCAUGGUGAUUAUGCAUACCAGCAGUCAUCUUAUUCUGAACAAAGCUAUGACAGAUCAUUUGAGGAUUCCACACAGCACUACUAUGAAGGAGGCAAUUCCCAGUAUAGCCAGCAGCAGGCGGGAUACCAACAGGGAACUGUACAACAGCAAACGUAUUCACAGCAGCAAUACCCAAAUCAACAGAGCUAUCCAGGACAACAGCAAGGAUACGGUCCAGCCCAAGGAGCCUCAUCACAGUACUCCAGUUACCAACAGGGUCAGGGGCAACAGUAUGGAAGUUACAGAGCUUCACAGACAGGACCAUCUGCACAGCAACAGAGGCCUUAUGGCUAUGAGCAGGGCCAGUAUGGAAACUAUCAGCAAUAAAAGGACAAGCACCUGUGACGGACAGGCACCUGUGUCGUCAGAUUUGUUUCAAUAUUUAUGUCCGUCUUUUGAACUUGGAUGUACGGGCAGUUUUUGAUUAAUCGUUAUAUGUUGGUUACCCCCCUUAGCACAAAGGAACAUUGUCUGUGAAAUAGUAUUCAUUUCAUGCUGGAUAUGAAGCAGUACAUUACUGGUAACAAGGCAAUGCUUUAAUGGUUUGGUAUGUUUUGAUGCUGUGUGUAGUAUUGUAUGUUGAUACAAUGCAGAGGUUGUUCCUUCUCUUUUCCCACCACCUUUUGAUGUUUAGCUUUCGAGGUUACUCGAUCAUCAGUUACAUGUGUCCAGCCCCCCCCUCCUUUUUUCUUCAGCAUCUACAAGGCUACAGUAUUCUGUAAUGCAUAUAACUGAGUUAAACUUUAUCUGCUCAUGCAGCUACUCUUGGCGUAGCCUGGGCAUGCUGCAGGUUAUUUUGUAUCUGCCUUGCUCUGAAAUCCUCAUUUGAUGGCAUUGGGAUAGACUCAUUUUCUUACAUGCACUUGAUUUAAAUUCUGAAUCACACAUACUGAAAUGUAUGGGCAAGAGUUUGAUUUGCUAGAUACUUUUAACUUUGUACAGCAGUAACUUGGGCUUAUUUAAGUUACCUUUCCACUUUAUUAAUCAUUGGGGUAUACUGCUGAAUUUAAUAUGGGAACUGACCCUAUUAUGGGAAGAUGCCCUUAUAUCCCAUAAUAGGUCAAUACCAAAGAAGCAUGAAACUGCAGAAAUGUGAGCAGUAGUUCCACUGAAUUUAUACUAAAUCCCACCAGAGAAUACUGUUCUAUUUUAGCUGGGAAUGUGACUAUGGGUCUAGUUAGUGCAGCCUUUCCCAACCAGUGUGCCUCCAGAUGUUGUUGGACCACAACUCCCAUCAGCCUCAGCCAGCAUUGCCACUGGUCAGGAAACAGGGCAGGUUCUGAAGGGCAGCCAGGUUGGGCACUGGCCUGAGGGCCCCGGAGCUACAGGAGCCCCUGAGGGGCCCUCCGCUCCCCUUCCACAAUCCGCCCCCCCACUUACCUGUCAGCCAGCUUUUUAGCAUUGCCCUUAAUGAAGAUGGCGGCCGCAGCUUCCCUAAGGUACUGAAGCCGCUGCCGCCAUCUUAGUUGAUGGCAGAGAUGUGUGCACAUACCAUGCACGUGUGCCAUCAACAAAGAUGGCUGCAGAGGCUUCAUUCCCCUUAGGGAAACUGCGGCUGCCAUCUUCAUUAAGGGCAAUGGUAAAUACUAGACAGGUAGGGGGUGUGCAUGUAGAUGCACGCGUGUGCAUGUAGAUGCGCGCAUGUACACCCACCCUCCCACUGGGGGGCCAGGGCAAGCUGAUGCCCAAGGGCCCCCGCAUGCCUAGAGCCGGACCUGUCAGGAAAGAUGGGAAUUGUGGUCCAACAACAUCUGGAGGCACACUGGUUGGGAAAGGCUGAGUUAGUGUAUAGCUAAGAAUCUUGAAACUCAUAAAAGGAAAGAUUGAUCCCUUUUGCACCCAUAAUGUUCUUGGGAGAUACCUGUUGUGGUGAGGAAAUGGCCCCUUUCUCCAGUAGCAAAUAUAGCUAUAGAGAACAUAUUUUAUAUGCUAAGAUAACAUUUCCACAUAAAUUUGUCUUGGUUUCAGCCUUGUACCUACAAAGUGUUUGUAGCGGCACAAUAAGGUUUUUUGACUUGGGUAACACCCCACCCCCCCCACUCCAAUUAUACCAGAUUUUAAAUUUUAUGGACUGGGAUAAAUUUUUAUGCAGAGUGGCCCAUGUUUCAACCAUACAUGCUAUGACUUUAACAUAAGGUUCAUCUGUGGCAUCCGAAAGGAAAAAAAAGCCUGUAAGUUGCUUCAUGACACUUGCAUCUCUUGUAUACUUUUACAAAGUCCAUCUUGCAUUGCACAGAAAAUAGGUGCCUUAUCAAGUAGGCAAAACCAUCACAGGCUCUUGGACUAAUAGCGAAGGGCAACAGAUAAGCUAUGCUUCCAUUGGUAUGGGGCUGCCCAAUUCUGGGAAGGGAUUUGCCUUUCCCUACUGAGUAUUCCCACAAGGAACUUUCCUUCUUCAGAUUACAAGAAUGUAAAUGCAAUGAAUUUUCUCCGCAACUAAUUUCCUGGAUGAUAUAAUGUGUGUGCUAUACUCACUGCCAAAAUAAUUAGCACUGUGGGAAAGGUGCAGUAUGGUAGCUUUGGCAUAAAGUGGAACAAGAAUUGCAUCCUAAGUUUCAUUCAGUAAUAAUUCAGUGGGAUUUCCAAGCGAUUGUGCUUAGGACUUCAGCCUGAAAGACUUACUCUCUUAUAUAAAAAUCUGCAGUAUGACCAUUUGUAGCCAAACAUACCAGAGAAUUAAACCAGUAGGAUGAUGGAAUCCAGGCAAUGUGAAGCACCUUAAAAUCCCAUUUGAUUUCAUUGGGAGAGCACCGAGUGUGUCCUUGAAAUCAGCGUGACUGAUUAAAAGUGCUUAACUCUAACUGGAUCUGGAUCCUUUAUCUGCAAAAGAAAAAAUCUCUAGCACAUAAAGUUUUAAUCUGUUUAUCUAAACUGUGGAUAAAACUAAUUAAACUUUUUAAGAUUCAGUCUGUGUGAAGGCAAUAUAGCUUCCUAUCCAGCCUAAUUUGAUGAGCAGCUUGAAUGACCACCCACAUUUUAUUAAAAGCAAAUGCAGUGUGCAUACUAGUGAUUGUGCACGUCUCCUAAGCAGCUGGCUAGUUUCCAGUUCAUUUUCUGGUUCUUCCACUUAAUCAGUUUUCCAUCAAGAAGCAUAGCCAUAAACAAAAUCAGGUUACAGGUAUAAGGGUUGUAUCUAACCAAGUCAUUCGCUGAGUAGAUCCAUUGAAAUCAAAAGGACAAGUUAGCUGAAUACCUUCUUUUGUCAGACCUAUAUGUAGUAAGAUCUUUAACCUAUGUAUUAGAGUCAAGUUAUUUUGAUGACAGUAUUUAGACUGAUGGAUACAUGUAGAUUGUGAUUUUAUGUUUUGAUUUUGUAGUUUAAGCCUUGUUAUCUGCCAGAGAUCUUUUAAGGAAGGGUGGGAUAUAAAUUGUAUAAAUAAAUAAAACAAAAAGGUAGUCAUGCCUAACUUAAGUCCAUUGACUUUAGUGGGUCUACUCUAAGUAUGACUUAGAUACAGCCCUCAGCUGCUACACUUCUUCCUUGGUAUUUCAGUUUCAGUACUUCAAUAACAGUUCAGAAAUUAUAAGUUUGUUUCCAGGAAUCAGACGAUCAGAUAUAAUUGUGGACUAUUUCUUAUAUUUAACUGACUGGAUUUAAGGAACUUAAAUCAUGGACUGGAUUUAGGGAAAUCCAGAGAGGGGAAGAACUCUAGACCUGAUGGCAUUUAACAUGCAUUCUUGCUGUACAUGUCCUUGUUCAGUGUUUUUGGUCACGCUGGGUUUCUGAUGGAGUCCUCCUCUGAGGGAAGAAGGGGUGUGCACACACCAGGCAUGCGGUAUCACAUAUAUUUUAAAUAUAUUUUUGAUCUAAGCUUCUGGGUGGUUUAGAUUUUAUGUUGAUACCAACUUCUAAAAAAUAUGGACCUCCAGAAAAUAACUGGAUCCUAAAAAAUCUCAGUGUUGGAGAUUUAAAUAAAGGAUCUAAUGUUUAGAUGAGUCGAGGCCCAUCUAUCUAUCAGCACACCAAUAGCCAGACUGUAGGAUAAGGGACUAAUUAGAAAAUGCUGUACAAGAUUCAUCCUUGUCAAAAAUUUAUUUAGGAAUUUUUAUUCCACAUUUGUUAGAACACAUUCAAAGCAAGUUACAAAAAAAGAAUAAAAAGAUUUACUAAUUUUAAAGGCAGCAAUAAAAAACCCUCCAAUAUAUCUAGCAGUACUGACAAGCAAUUAGUGGAAAUACAAAGCAACACAGCCCAAAAGCAAAGAAAAUUGGUAUUUGUAUUGUUGCCCAUUAAGUAGAAUAUUUUUUCGAAGUUGACAUUUCUGUCUUCCUCUUUCUGAACCCCUCAUACAACUAAGCACAGUGAGAGCUCUGUUGCCAACUCUGCCAGUGCCAUGUAGCACUAUUGGGUGAUGGCCCAACUCUUCGUCUUGCCUACUUGGUCAUACCUGGAGACCACAUACUCCAUCUACUGCACAACAAUGAGUGAUUGUGUCUAGAGGGAGCAGUUGCAGCAGCCCUUGGCAAGAAGCCAUGAGCCCCUGGUGCUGUAUACGCUGGCCAUCAGCCAUUGCAAAGUCUCCAGUAAUUGUUGCUUGGCAACUGCAUUGUCAGAUCUCCAGACUCAAGCAUCCCUGGCAUUUGCCAAGACUUGGCUGCUGAUGUAGGAGAGGCUCACACCAGUGCAGUGGGAAACAUUCAUGGAUUACCCACUGAAAACAUCAAUUGGGUGUCAGAAUAAAUAUGGUCACCUUUAGGUUAGGUUUAUAGAUAGCCAGAAAAAUGCAUUGCUCCUUACCAGCUUUGACACCUGCUUCUUGUAUGUUUUUUUUUAGUGUUGCUGAAAAUCAUUUUUGAAAGACUGCGAGCAUUUUAACAAGUAAAACAGCAACAUUGCAUCAGUUGGAAAUGUCUUACAUUAAGAAUUUCUUGAAUGUUGUGUAUAUACUGUAUUUGAAAGAGCGCUUUGGAAAUAGUUUGUACAUUAUUUCCUAAUUUAUACAUGAUUUUUAGUGUUAAUAUUUCUAACUGUUAAUAACAAAAUAUUUAAUGUGUUGCCCAUUUUUAUGUAUUGAUGUGGAAACAAAAAGGUGAUGCCAGCAUUUUGACUUUUUUCAUUAACUGUAUCAUAUUUUCUGUUUUGUAAUACAGAAUGUUCAGACAUGUUUUAGGUUAAAAUGAAUUGAUUGUGAAGCCAAGUAAUGGUACUUUUUCGUAUGAUGGAAAGACUUUUAAAAGGACUAGUGUAAUCAUGUUUGAAGUCUGUUUUUUUAAUUGCAGGUUUAAUGAAAACUAUACAUCAAUCACACUUCAUUUAUAAUCUGAAAUAUUUCAA